UUUUAAUAUUAGCAAUGUUACAAUCAAGCAGUAAAACCAAACCAAACUUUUAUUGCUAAAAUUAUCUAGCAAAAAAAUACUUUGGUGCCCAUUUUGGUGAGUUGUGCCAUCGACAGGUUUUAUGGUUGGACAGCAUUUAAAGUCUUACCCACUCACUUCUGACGCAAUCAAAAGUCAAAACAAGGACGCAAACACAGGCAGAUGACCACACGUGUGGCCGGAGAGGUAGCGAACGCUACAUCGGGACCGCAGCAGUGCCGCAGCAAAGCAUACGUUGCAUGUGACGUCGUCGCGGCGCGGCAACGGCAAAACGUCAUCUAGCGACUCUCACUGGAAAAUAGUUGGCAACACUGAACCUGCUUUCUUGGACACUCCUAGCCAGCUUUCAUCCACACCAAGCCGGUUAUUGCAAUUCCUCCCACUGGAAACCAUGGCCGACCAGGCCUCGGGAUCCGCCCGCCAGCAUCAACAUGACGUGGUGCUCCAGCAGCGAGUGGCGGCCCUGGAGCAGGAGAGAGCGGAGUUCAUCAAGCUUAAACAACAACUGGAGUCUGAGUUCAAUCAGAAACGGGCCAAGUUCAAGGAGCUCUACCUAUCCAAAGAAGAGGAGCUGAAGCGCCAGGCAGCGUCUUUAGAGGGCGCGCAGUUGGAGCUAAACCGUGUCAAGGCCCAGCUUGAACAAGCCCAGGCUGACAUGGAGAACAUCAAGGCGGUGGCCACUGUGUCAGAAAGCACCAAGCAGGAGGCCAUUGACCAGGUCAAGGGGCAGUGGCAGGAGGAGGUGGCCUCCCUACAGGCCAUCAUGAAAGACACGGUGCGUGAGUAUGAGGUGCAGUUCCACCAGCGCCUGGAGCAGGAGCGUGCCCAGUGGAACCAAUACCGGGAGGCGGUGGAAAGGGAGAUGGGCGAGCUGAGGCGCCGUCUCUCUGAAGGUGGGCAGGAGGAGGAGAACCUGGAGAACGACAUGAAGAAGGCCCAGGAAGAUGCAGAGAAGCUGCGUUCGGUGGUGAUGCCCAUGGAGCAGGAGAUAGCAGCUCUCAAAGACAAACUGGCUGUGACAGAGGACAGGGUGAAGGAGCUGGAGGCCUCCAAGGUGAAGGAGCUCAAUCAUGUGUUGGAGGCAGAGAAAUCCUGUCGGACAGAUUUGGAGAUGUACGUGGCGGUGCUCAACACUCAGAAGUCUGUCCUUCAGGAGGACGCAGAGAAACUACGUAAAGAGCUCCAUGAAGUGUGCCACCUGUUGGAGAUGGAGCGGCAGCAGCACAGUCAGCUGAAGCACACGUGGCAGCGGGCCAACGACCAGUUUCUGGAGUCCCAGAGAUUGCUAAUGAGGGACAUGCAGAGGAUUGAAAAUGUGCUCUCCUCCGAGCAGCUCCGCCAGGUCGAGGAGAUUAAGAAGAGGGACCAGGAGGAGGAUGAGAAAGAGAGAAUCAACCAGGUUAAGGAGUCGAAUGAGGAGGACGGGACAGAAACGGAACCUUUAGAAGACUCGUUCCUUGGAAUCAGUAUGGAAGAGCCCCACACUAACCACAGCGCCCACGGCUCCUUGCACUCGUUGGACACAGACCUGGUGAUGGGGGGCCCCCAGGACCCCUACAAAGACGGUCUGCGCAGGGUCCAGUCCACGGACAGUCUGGGUUCCUCUCCUAGUCUCCAGGGUCUGGGUGGGCACAAUCAUAAGGCCAAGUCGGCUAGCCACCUGGACGAGUCCGACUUCGGACCCCUGGUGGGGGCUGACUGCGCGGUCCCCGAGGGUCUAGCAGGGUUCGGAGACACAAUGUCGGUUAACUCCAUCCAGCUGACCUCUGGCCACUUCCUGCUCACCAAGGACCAGGAGAAGGCCAUCAAGGCCAUGACGCCAGAGCAGGAGGAGACCGCCUCACUGAUGUCCAGCAUCUCUCACGCCCCAGACACUGCCUUCCUGACCCCGUCAGGCUACCGGCUGGUUAGCGACCAGGAGUGGAACCUGCUACAACAAGAGGUGAAGAAUGCGGGAAGGAAGUUAGGCCGGCGGUGUGACAUGUGCUCCAACUACGAGAAACAGCUGCAGGUCAUCCAGGGCCAGGAGGCAGACACACGUGAUCAGGUUAAGAAGCUUCAGGUGAUGCUGCGGCAGGCCAAUGACCAGCUGGAGAGAACCAUGAGUGAGAAAACAGAGCUGGAGAACUCUGUGAAACAGGGCAACGAGGAAACUACUGCCCUGGUCGCUGCGCUCAUGCAGAGAGUACAGGAAUCGGAGUUGCUGCUCACCACACUACAAGAGGCCUUCAGCCAGGCCAAGAGGAAUACACAGGAACAGAUGACGGUGCUGAUGCGGUCCAGGGAGCAGGUGGCGGACGAGCUGAACAGACUGCAGAAGGACAAUGACAGUCUAACUGGCAAACACAGACUCCACCUCUCUGUUCAGCAGCAGGAGGACUUUAACCUACCCACCACGGUGCAAGAACUACAACCGUUGGUGUUGCAGUUGAGGGAGGACAUAGUCGCGGCCCGCACUGCUGCGGACCAUUUGGAGGAGAAGCUGAAGGCGGAGAUACUGUUCCUGAAAGAGCAGCUCCAGGCAGAGCAGUGCCUAAAAGACAACCUGGAGGACACACUACAGCUGGAAAUAGAGGGCUGUAAAGAGGAGAUAGACAUCUUGGAAGCAUCAUUUUCCAGUCUGAAAACCGAGAUGGAGCGAGUGAAAACCGAGAGAGAACAGCUGGAGAGCAGCCUCGCCGAGAAGAGUAAGACGUUAGAGUCUGUCCAGUGUCUGAAGGACAGUCUGGAGGAGCAGCUCAGAGAGCUCACCACCACCAAGCAGGGUGCCCUGGAGGCUCAAGCGUUGGAUGAGAAGGACAAAGCCCAGCGGUUGCAGACUGAGCUGGACGUCAGUGAGCAGGUGCAGAGAGACUUUGUCAAGCUCUCCCAGACCCUCCAGGUCCAGUUGGAGCGAAUCAGACAGGCUGACUCUCUAGACCGAAUCCGAGCCAUCCUCAACGACACUAACUUGACUGACAUCAGCCAGCUCCCAGAGACAUGAUCCCCUUGGCUGAAACUGCACCCCAUCUUCUGACCCCCCCCCCCCCCCCCUUUGUGCCCAAUAACAUUUUCACCCCACCAAGGCCACUCCCCCACCUGCCCAUUGAGGGAUACAAGGCUGGGGUAUGGGUGUUUUUUAAAUAAAGACAAUCCAAGAUGGAGGUUUAAGAGGGUCACAGAAGGAGUAAAGGCCAUUCCUGUCUCGAAGGAUUUGGAGGAAACUAAGGCACGUGAUGGUGAACAUUACUACUAAAAGGUUGUAAAUAACUGCAACUGUUUUUCUGCGGAGUAAAGGUUCCUGCGUGUUUAUCUGUCCUGUGGUUCUACUGUAGACGUUGGACUAGUCAUAUUAGCCCAGUUGGGAGAGUUUGUGGUCUUCUAAUGCUCUUUCAUUUAGAACGUCUCCUUCAAGUAUUGGAAACAUGGAUCCAUUGAAUUUCUGCCAUGUCACUAAGUGAAAAGUCCUUAUCCCCUUGAGUUUUCUGCGCAUCACCUAUCUCACUUUCUGAUUUUGGUUGUAGUUCAAAUUUCCCCUAAAUGAAGACAAUGAAAAUAAUUGUGUGUGUGUGUGUGUUUGUGUGCACACAGUACGUGUAUGUAUUCAGUAUAUAGCCUUGAUAGUAAUUAAUCAUGAAGGUAUGUAUUACCUUUCCCUCAUUCCAUUCUUGGAAUGCCAAAACAACCCUGUCUUUUUUCUUGUGGUCCAUCAACCCAUUUCACUGUGAAGUCUUACAGCUCCAUUACUAUGCUCUCUCAGCCAAGCUGGCACCUUUCUUAGGGCAGGCAGGCUGGAAUGGAACGGUAUUAAAACUCACAGGUGGUUUCCAUGUGUUUGAUCCCAUUCCACUCACUCCAGACAUUAUUAUGAGCUGUCCUCUCAGACCCAGGGGUGUAGAGGAGGGGUGGGGGGGCCAUAAUAAUGUCCACGCCGUUGUUCAGACCCCAAGCCUGAUUCCAGUGGUGGUCCUGGUUUGCACUGUCCAAACCCCUGAAACUAGUCUCCUUUGAUAGUGGUGCUGACAAGAACUACAUCAGAGGUUCGCAUCUGCACUGUUUAACCAGUCCAGUUAAGGUGCAAGAGACUGAGUGUCGCCUUGGUAACAUUGUGAACUGGUAGUGGCGUCCCUGGCUUGUCUUCCAUUUGCCCUGAAUACCGGAUGCAUCUUGUUGUUGCCAGCUCUACUGAGGGUUGUCAACUCUGACUUUGAUUAGUGGGCUGUCCCAAUAGUCUAAAAUGGAUUUCUUUGCCUGUUUUCCUUUUCUUUAGGACCUCUGAUGGCUGAAAAGUGUUUAGGACAAUUUAGAUGUAGUGACUGGGAUUACGAAGUUGUCAUAAUGGAAUGGAAAAUCCAUAGAAGAUACAAACUCACUGUUGACAAUAUUACUUUAACAUUUUGUGUGAAAGGCCUACAUGUUCAGGGUAAAACCUAGAAAAAUCCUCUGCUUUCGCCCUUUUGCUGUGAAAAUGCUCAUGCCUUUCAGCCUUUGAUAUUUAUUUUAGAUAUUUAUUUUGUAUUUCAUAUUUUUAUUUCCACCACCAAUACUCUUGCAAAGUCAUUUGUAGAGACGCGGAUAUGAUCUAAUCAGUCUUUCUGGACUGGUGGCUUAAAUGCAGAUGUCAUGUCUGAGCGGAAAUAAUGAAAUGUAACAUUUCUUUUAAAUUUUAUUUUUAACUUUUCUGUUGGUUUCAUGUUCCUUUUCUUGGACGGAACUGUCAAAUCAUCAUGACUGGUCAAAACACACUAAAUGGGCACUAGGAGAUGGAAUGAUUGGAUCAGAAAACAAAUGGCAACCAGGGCUGUAGGUAUUACCAAGAGAAAGAACAGUACAGAAGUCCAGUCCAUGGUAUCAGAAACUGUAACAUUUGUUGUUAUGGGUUGUCACUCAAGGAAUUGCAUCAGGCCAUUGAAACGUGAAAGCUUGGCUUUGGGAAACUACAUUUUAAUUAUAUACCUAAAACAGUCUUUUCCAAACAUGUUAUGUACCGUGAAGUAUUUACAUUAAAACAUUUUGAGCCUCUCUAAAGUGGAUUUGUUACCUGUUCCUUGAAGCUACUGGGUCUUGCAAGUUGAACUGAAAAGACCAGGUGUGUUGAAUUUAGCGAUGAAUUAACUCCGUCGGUCAGUUCACUGGGUUGUCCAGUCGGUUGGUUAAAUCAAACCAGACCCCGUGGAUCACCAGGUUAAGGUUUGCCUACCCCUGCUUUAGAGAAUUAACAAACUUCUCUUGACAUUGGUUUUUAAUCGUGGUUAAAAAAACAGUUGUGUGGAUUUCAUUGUGUGUGUGUGUGGGUAUUACUUAGGGGGGGCUCUAUGAAAAAUGUUAAAACAUGACAUGCUUCAGCUGUUGUAAAACAAUAAUAUACACUUUUCCUUAACACUUUGCUGCUUAAUUUUGGUUGAACAUUGUAAUACGAAAAUGUGAUUUUAUGGAUACAUUGAGAACUGAUUCUUGACCUGCAUGUACUACAUCUUUAAAUGUCUUGAGUUUAUACGUGUCAUAUAAUCUUGCUAUGUUUUUGUCUCUCACAGUUUGGGGAUAUGAGUAAGGAAGCCAGAUUAACUUGCACUGAAAGAUAAAUGAAUGUUGAUGGGUUGUAUUACUGUCAGUAUAAAAUUAUUCUAUGUAUAAUAUUUGGAAUUCACUUUAGGGUAUGAACAUCUGUCAUCUGACAGACUAAUACUGUGACUCGCAUAAUGUAGUUGUCUUGAACAAUGAAUCAUUACAUCUUAAAUUGGGUUUGGGUGUUCAAACCUUCCCCAUUUAAUAAUUUCGGGAAACAUCUGACCAGGUUCCUCAGGGUUACCCAGAAAAAGGUUUAAAUAGACUUUAAUAGACAUUUCUGCUGAAAUCUUCACUCAGCCAUUAUGAGAGUAAUACACUUUACUGCAACAAGCUCACAGUUCCCCUUUUAUUUGUAAAACAGUGAAUGGCAGUAAAUCUUAUGUAAUUCAUAAGUCUGCAUUAAGGGGAAGUUCACUCCUUUUUACAUAUGGCUAUAUUUUCUCUGUGCUUUAUGGUUAAUAUAAUUACCCAAAACUGGUAUAUUUUGGUAGAGAAAUUGACUUAAAUUCUGACUCGUCAUUUACCAUCAACCGCAACACACUAAGAAAAUAUCUAAACAGCUUCAAAAAUACUUAAAUCGAUUAUGGAUAAUCUCUGCUCACUCUACCAUGAGACCUUGUACACUUUUUUUUUUUUGCUGUAAACAGAAAACAACUUGUAUACUGAUACAUUCAGAACCAGAUUUUAUUUAACAGUUGGUUUAGAGGUUGUAUUUCUAUGACAUGCUUAGACACUUUUGCAUAAUGCUGUAUGGUCAAUGGUAAAUGAGUCAGCAAAGAAAACAAAAGUAUGCAAAUAAAGCCAUAUGUAAAAUAAAUUAAAAAGGCUCUGUGGUUCUAUUUGAACAAAAUAACUUGCCCAUAAUAACCAUUGGCUUACUUCUGCUGUGUUUAGUUGCCCUCACAUUUAUUUGGGCUGUAAAACCAGAUUAUUUGAGCUCUUCCAAGGAAUUGGAAUUCCACCAAAAAUAAUGCAUUCGCUUUCUUUGGGUAGUAUUUAAGAUUUCAUUGUCUUGUAAUUUUUCCUGGACAAGUCAUUCCAACAAUAGUGGGAGGAUCUUUGCAAAAAAAGUUCUAUGUUUGCAUGCUUUGACGCUUUUGCUGGGGCCCCUUGCACAUUUAUACAGUACAGUGUACAUAAUUCUGUAUAUAAUAAACCAAAUUGUACUUUA